CGGCGUGAUGUCACGAAAUGUGGGGCGUGGCCUAUACCUCCAGAAGUGCGGAUGAGAAGGGUCGCACGAGGGAAGAGAUGCGGCCGCUGUUCAUUGUGUUCAUGGCCGCUGCGCUGUGCCGGCCUGGGCACCGGGAACGAGCCCGCCAUUACCGUGACGUUACCUCCGCAGGGCGGGGAGGCGGUGAGCCCGAGUGCUGCCCAGGUGUCCGCCUCCAGUCCCGUAUCUCCAGGGUUAGACCCCGUGCUGGCGCUGAGGGCACAGCGUCAUAACCUGCUUCUCCUUUUCGAGCGUUACGGAGAGAAUAAUCAGAGUUUAAACAUGUCUGGCUUCCGGCAGCUGCUCCGCAGUCUGGGGGAGGAGAGGCUGAAGAGCAUCGCUAUACAAAGAACGGAUCAUCAUCAUCAUCACCACGAUCACCACCGUCAUCCUCACCACAACCACCACCAUCAUCAUCCUCACCCUGUCAGCCCCAACACUGAGCACAGUCACACUACAUGUGAGGAGAACAGGAAGAAGCGACAUGUGUCCUCUUCUGAGAGCCAGGCACCUGGGACAGGCAGCAGCAGCAUCUCUCUGGGAACUGAAGUGGAGUGUUUAAAUGCCUCACGCCUGCUGACUUUGCAUGGAAUGAACAUGCAGAUGCUUCUUGACUUGGAUGAGUUUAGAUAUAUCUGCCCAGCUAUUAUUAAUCAAAUCGACAGGAAGUCCUGCUUGAUUAAUGAUCAUGACGAUGCUAUGGCUGAAAGCAGCCAAGGUGUAUAUUCUGUGAAAGUAGCAUGGAUUGGUGGCUUUAUAUCAAUUACUGUUAUAAGUGUGCUAUCUUUGCUGGGCAUCAUCUUGGUUCCUCUGAUGAAUAAAGUGUUCUUCAAAUUUUUGCUAAGUUUCCUGGUGGCGUUGGCAGUCGGCACUUUAAGUGGGGAUGCAUUUUUACAUCUGCUUCCACAU